AACGGAUGGCCUUCACAUGUGGAUAAUGAGGCAUUGCAACCGUACUUUGUGCGCCGUCACGAAUUGUCGGUUGACCAAGGGUGUGUAACAUGGGGAAAUCGAGUGAUCAUUCCCGAAGUGUUUAGGGAAAAAGUGUUGUCCCUGUUGCACGAGGGACAUCCAGGCACCACCAGAAUGAAAAUGCUAUCACAUAGUCACGUGUGGUGGCCUUUGAUAACAUAUGAUGUCGAACACACUGUCAAAAACUGUAGUACUUGUCAACUAACGCAGAACGCGCCACCACGUGUUCCAUUAUUAACGUGGGGUUGGCCAACGCGCAGAUGGCAAAGGGUGCAUCUUGAUUUUGCAUACCGGGAUCAGAACUGGUUUUUGAUUGUCGUAGAUGCUCAUUCAAAGUGGGUAGAGGUGUUUCUAAUGAGUUCUACUACGACAAAAUGUACUAUCGAAAGAUUGCGAAGUGUUUUCGCCGCGUUUGGACUACCAGAAGAGGUAGUGACAGACAAUGGACCCCAGUUUGUGGCGACAGAGUUCGUAGAGUUUCUGUCGAUGAAUGGGGUACGCCACACGAAAAGUCCUCCGUACCAUCCCGCCUCAAAGGGAAGCGCGGAACGGUGUGUGCAAACCGUCAAGCGGGACCUCCUGAGGCAGGUAAUCGACGAGCAACGGACGGGUGUAUCGAAAUCGAUGCAACAUCGAGUCGACCAGUUCCUGUUUGCAUACAGAAACACCCCAACUGGUACGACCGACCAAACUCCAGCCGAGCUGUUUCUCUCUUGGAAGCCUAGGACCCGUCUGAGCUUCCUUCAUCCUGAAAUGGAGAGACGCAUGAGAGAUCGCCAGCAACAAAUCAAGACAGCCGCCGACAUGAGAAGAGGCUCUUGGCGAACUUUCGAAGAAGGCGACCAAGUCCUCGUCCGGGGAUCACGUCCGACAGAUCCUGCAUGGUUGGUGGGACGUGUUAUGAAGAAAGUAAGUGCAUCAACCUACGUCGUGAUAGUGCAAGAUCAGCAUCGGUAUGUGCACGUGGAUGAUGUCCGUCCGAGACACUUCGAAGAUUCGUCUGCACAGAGAAGAAAUGUCGACAUCCGGCUGCAACACCACGAAGGGCGUCCGGUGGUUCUCGAGACAACAUGA